AUGUCGUACAACUACAAAAACCAGUAUAAUCGUCACAAUUCAGUGGGAGGGAAUUGGAACUUACCGCCUAUUAAUGGCUCCUCCUAUAAUCAAUCCAGCCCCAACCAGGAUUUAAAGAAUGAUCCGGCCCAGAACCAGGUCCCAGGAUUUAGAAACCCCUGGUACUAUUCUUCCCAGUCGCCAUCACUCUCGAGUCCCACCGGUACUUCUCAUGGAUCCCAUAGUCCCACCAAGUCCCAACCAACCAUCCCAUUAUUACAGCAGCAACAACAGGCCAAACGUCUUUCGUUCACGAAUCAGUUACCAACCACUUACGAAAGCGAUGCCAGUGGUCAGCUUCGACAGCACUCCAAUGGACCCAAUUUCAUCUAUCCUCCUGCGAGAGCUGACAAUCCGUUUAAUCAGCAUUACACGGACAUGGCAGUAGCAGGGCCAGAAAGAAGGAUGUCGGCGGCGGUAGAUAACUACACAGGCAUGGACCAGGGUGGAGCCGGAGUAAUGACCGAUUGGUCGACCCCAGCGAACUUGAACAACCGUCCAAAUGCUUAUACCAUGAACUCUCAAAUGGGGUACUUGAAUAACAACCGAAGGUCGUCGGUGGCGGCUGCCGGGUUCCAGCACUCGCCCGCUACCUAUAACGACUCCCGCUACAACAACUAUUACGGUGGGGCCAUGAGAUUUAGCCGUUCCCAACUGAUUGUUCAAUAUAACCAAUACCAGCAGUCGCUCCAGGACCAGAAGUUGACCUUCAGAAGAAAACCUGCCCCCAAGCUCAAGAAGGUCCACAAUCUGUUAGACUUGAAGCCCAAAGUACACCAACAGCCCAAGUACAGAAGAGCCAGUGUCAAUUCCAUACAUAUUUCUCCUGCUAAUGCGUUGUCGGUGUAUAUCACUGAGUCCUACGGCAUUUGUCAGCCGAAGAAGUUCCAAUACUCGAGGGCUACCAACCCCAAGAGGGUGUUGACCAAGCCGCUGGAACCCAAAUACAAUAAUGGCCACGACAACGACGAUAGUGACUACAUCUUGUAUGUUAAUGACAUCUUGGGCACUGAAGAGGGCCGUAAAUACAUUGUGCUUGAUUUGUUGGGUUCGGGGACAUUUGGGCAGGUGGUAAAGUGCCAGAACUUAUCGAACCAAACUGUUUGUGCCGUGAAGGUAAUCAAAUCCAAGCCUGCGUAUAUGAACCAGUCGUUGACGGAGGUGAGAUUGUUGGAAUACCUCAAUGCCAACAGCGACGGCAAGAACUUCAUAAAGUUAUACGAUACGUUCAUGCACAAAGAGCAUUUAUGCUUGGUGUUUGAAUUACUAGCAUCAAAUCUUUAUGAGUUGAUCAAACAGAACCAGUUUCAAGGACUCAAUAUGAGAUUGGUCAAGUUACUCACCAAGCAAUUGUUAGAAUCAAUGGCUGAAUUGAAAAAUUUCCAAAUGAUCCAUUGUGAUCUAAAGCCGGAAAACAUCUUGCUCUGUCAGCCAGAUAAACCUGAUAUCAAGGUGAUUGACUUUGGCUCCGCUUGUUUCACAAGAGAGACAAUAUACUCCUAUAUCCAGUCGAGAUUCUACAGGUCCCCCGAAGUUCUCUUGGGAUUACCAUAUGCUGAGUCCAUUGACAUGUGGUCUUUGGGAUGUAUUGUAGGAGAAUUAUUCUUGGGUUUACCGUUGUUCCCCGGAACGUCGGAGUAUAACCAGGUUUGGAAAAUCGUGGAUAUGUUGGGACCAAUUCCACGGCACAUGAUCGAGGUUGGGAAAAAUUCAAUGAACUUCUUUAAGAAGAAAGACAAUGGGCCUGACACUAAACCCACUUAUGAAAUGAAAACAUACGAAGAAUACCUUGACUUCUUGAAGCAACAUGAAAAGGAAGAAAAGUACAAGAAGGAAGAAAAGAACAAGAAUUACUUUAAGCAGAGGUCCUUGAAAGAUAUCAUCAUGCACUACAAAUUGCCUUCCAAGAAGAUGACGAAUUCCAUGGUUGAGAAGGAGUGUGAAGAGAGACUUUUACUCGUGGACUUUUUAACUAAGGUGCUCAACAUGAACCCAUUGGAAAGAUUGAGUCCACAAGAAGCAUUGAAACACCCGUUUGUCAAGAAUGUCGAAUUACUGAAUGCUUUCAAUACCACCGGUAACAAUCAAACCCACAAUACCAGGUUCCAACAUGGUAAUCACUUUAACGAAGCAUAA